CCCCGCCUCUACGAUUAGCGCGCCUUGUCAAUUACUCGCAAUUGAAUUUCCCUUCAGAGAGCGUGAUUUACUGGCCAAAUCCGCAGAAGAGCCCCAACAAAUCGGUUCAAAUGACAAGUGAGGAAAGUUAAUGAGGUGUCGACGCAAAUUUGUGGUUUUUUGGAAGAUGGGUAGAAGGUUCGUCAGAUAUUGAUUGUAUCAAUAAGUAAAGGGGAACAUCCAUUUUCAGGGAGGUGUUAAAAGGAACAGCAACAUUGAGAGGGACUUCACACCUAUGUAAGUGAGCCGACUCAAUGAUAGUGGGUGCACAAGUCACCGGGAUGAUGUAGAAAGCUCACUGCCCCCGAGCACUUUGAGUUUUCCACCCUACUGCGCCAAACUCGAGUUAAGCCCAAGCGGACAACUCGGACAGUUUCAAGCCAACAGGGCAAGAGGACGGACGUGUCGGAAGAGGCUCCUAUCGGAAUAGUGUUCAUCGUCCACAAGAACCAUGAACAAGCUCGCUGGAGCUUCAAGCCGUAUUCUUAUGGAUAUCCCGUGUAAGGUGUGUCAGGACCACUCUUCGGGGAAACAUUAUGGAAUUUAUGCUUGCGAUGGAUGUGCAGGGUUCUUCAAGCGCUCCAUUCGCCGAAAUCGCCAGUAUAUCUGUAAGUCACGCGGGCAGACUGGGGGAUGUCCAGUAGAUAAAACCCACAGGAACCAAUGCCGAGCCUGUAGGCUCAAGAAAUGUAUGGACGCUGGUAUGAACAAAGAUGCCGUGCAACACGAAAGAGGGCCGAGGAAUUCUACAAUCAGACGUCAAGUUGCAAUGUACCUCAAAGAACAAAGUGAACUGGGCAUGCUUGCGAGCAAUCCAUUUCGGCCACCGUACAUUAAUGCCGUGAUGGGCCUCUCGCCAUCUGAAAUGCCUGUGGAAGGAAUCUCCAUCAGUACCGGAUCCUCACCAUUUGAAGCCUCACAUCCGGGUCUCUUACCUUCUCUCACAAGUAGGAUGAUCUGCCAUCCGAUACCAAAGUACCCCCACGAAAUUGCUCAAGCUUACUUUAACAGUCCCGAGGCAGUGUGUGAGGCGGCUGCAAGGUUACUCUUUAUGAGUGUAAAGUGGGUGAAGAGCGUCCCCGCCUUCAAUAGCCUCUCGUACAGAGAUCAGAUUCUCUUGCUGGAGGAAUCGUGGAGAGAGCUGUUUGUGUUGGGAGCCUGUCAGUUUCAAAUACCUAUCGAACCUGCUUCCCUCAUGGCUGCUGCCGGCAUUACCUCAGAAACGUCGCCACCAGAAAAAGUAGUAUCUUUUAUGGCAGACAUAAGGCUACUUCAAGAAUUGGUUGUCAAAUUCAAGGCCAUGCAGAUUGAUCCAACAGAAUAUGCCUGUCUGAAAGGGAUAGUUCUUUUUAAAACAGUCUUCCAGAACGCAAAUUCAGAUAUGAAGUCCCUUCGUGACUUCCACGCCGUUGCUAGCCUCCAAGACCAAGCUCAGCUGACACUCAGCAAGUACAUACAGACAGCUUAUCCAACACAACCUUUCCGCUUUGGGAAACUUCUUCUGGUCCUGCCUCAGCUGCGCGGAAUAUCCACCAAAACUAUUGAAGAACUGUUUUUCAGAAAGACAAUCGGUUCCAUUCCCAUGGAGAGGCUACUCAUUGACAUGUAUAAGUCUGGCGAUUUCUGACUAGAUGUUCCUACUUACGGGUAUGUGCGAUCUUUUUAAAAAGGAAGACAGGGUUUAACUUGCGCCGUGAGUUUUUGAUAUUCUUGGCAAAGACGGCAAACAAACCAAUAUCGCAGAGUCGAACAUAGCGAUACCUCUUACCGCUUAAGACACUGACAUGCAACGGGUGUCAUUGGGAAGACUAAGUCCUUGUAGUAUAGUUUCCUAGGUUAUAUAUCGGAUAUAUGUUCCUACGCUCAACAGUGCACCUGUCUUUGUGUUUUAUUUAUGCACAGAACAAGUUGUCUUACGAAAUUAAUGGGGAUACAAUUGUUUGUAAUUAAUAUCUUGCCAAAUGCUCACCAUUAUUAUAACUAUGAUUUGGUGAGUGACCAGAAUGAUUUUAUGACUAGAAUUGUUUCACACAGGUGCGUGAAACAAGAUAGGGGAGUGCUGGGCACGGGUCACAACGCUGUUCACACUGUUUGUAUUGCGAUUGUCCAGAGUAAGUAACCUGGAAAAAUCAUGUUGUUGCUUUGCUUGCUGGUAUUACGAAAGUGGUGUUUGCAAAGAAAAUCAACUUGUAGGCCAAUUAUAUGCUAUUGUACACGAAGUUUUCCAGUCACUUUUGUAAAUUGUUCUUAUACAUGACAACUGGGUAGUUUUCAUCAAAGAUGUAGGUACCUGGAAAGACUCCUGCAGUUAACCAAACACAUGUCGCUUCACCUGUGUCAUCAAAGUCAUCAGAAAGGGAGAAAACAAACUAAAAGAAUGCUUGCUGGAGAGCAAGUGGCAAAACAUGGGUAUUGUGUCAAGAGGAGCUUGCUCACUGUGUAGCACUAAUACUAUUGUACAGUCUGAAUAUUUUGUACUGGGUAACUCUCUGCCGAUCGGUGUCACUCAGUACAGCGUAUUCAGGAGCGACACUUUCUUAGCCACAUAAACAAUGUCAUGCCUUGACUUUAACUAUAGAGGGGAACAUUUGCACUUGAUCUGAAACUUGUCUUCUUACAAUGAUAAACACACAAACACGUGAAUCAACAGAGUUACAUGCAAAGCUACAAUAGUCAUUUUGCAAAAGUUCUUUAUUUCAUUUUAUAUUUACAUUUUUGUCAAGUUUUCUUUAGAAUACUGGGUGCAGAUUUUUAAAAAAUUGCACCAAAAUAUCGAAGAAGGGACUCUUGAAUUUUAAGUCUGUAAGGUUAUGAUAAUUAAAAUUUCAAGUUAAUUUCUUUUCCGAACAUCAAUUUUUUGGAAUUUGAAUUGAUAAAAGAUAAAUAAUGGAUUAUAAGUAAUUUUGAAAAAUUAUGUGUUAGAAAAUAAUAUAACAUAAUUACACUGACCAAAUUGCAAUGACGAAAUGUGAUGGAUUACCUCAUUGAGUGACAAAAUAAUAUUAGUAUAAAGUGUAGAAAUUCUCAGAUGUGCUGGUAUUCCAGUUGAGUAAAAAAUGGCAGGUCCAAAGUCAUUCGACAAACUCAGGUAUAUUAUCACCGUUUGUAAAACGGGGCAUAGCAUUGUUAUUAUUUUAUUUCUUCUUUCUUAAAUCAAGAUGUAAUAACGCAGGAAUAAUUUAAUCUAAUUAUUAUAGAUGUUGAUGAAAUUGUAUAUACUUUUAUAUAUGUUAUUAUUAUUAUUAUUAUUAAUUUUAUUUGGUUUGACACGAUUUUGAAAAUCGGCUUACUGACUUCUCUUAAAUGUAGAGUAAUUCAAUAGAUAGUUAUAUAGAUUGUGCAAUUUCAUCCGUUGGCUAAAAAGCAGUUAUAGGAGGGGUGAUGAAAAGAAUUUAUACAAGAAAUAUGACUCUGUUGGCCAAUAGUUCUAAUUUGCUGUUAGCUUUAUAAUAACUCUAACGUUUUGUUUGUUUUUAUAAACGUAUCCCCGAAGUAGUUGUUAACUUUGGUUGGUGCAGUGUGAUUAUGUCACCCUUGCUGAGUUCAAAUUCUUAUGCGUUCAAUACUUUAUUCCUAUUUAAUUUCUGAUAGACGCUUUUACUUGUAACCCAUAAAAAGUACACCACUUUCACGAUCAUUGUUCGCAUGUAUUCGCAUCCAUUUCUGU